UGACACCAAAACCCCCCGUUGAGGAAAAGCCAACAAAGCCAGCUCCUGAAGAGAGUGGCGCUCCUCCUCAAGAACCAACUGCAUCGAAGGAAAAGACACCCCCACCUCCAACCUCCAGUAGCAAGGAGCCAGAACCAUCACCCGCAACUCCAGGCCCAGAAGACUGUACUCCAGGCUGGUCUGACUGGUACGAUGAGCAAUAUCCUGAUGAAGAAAAUGGCGGAGAUGAGGAAUCUUACCAGAAGGUUAUAGCCUCAGGGAAAGUGGUUUGUCUGCUUGACUCACCAGUGCAAAACAUUGAAUGCAAAGCAGAGAGAUUCCCUAAUACCCCAUGGGAGGAAUUGGGCCAGACAAUAACUUGUGACAAGAAUAAAGGACUGAAAUGUGUAAAUGAAGAUCAAGGAGGACUGCCAUGUUACAACUACAAGGUCAGAUUCUGCUGCUCCAGAGCAGGUGGACCCCCUGCACCAAUUCCAUCUAAAGCAAGCCCAGAACCAACUGCAUCGAAGGACAAGACACCCGCACCUCCAACCUCUGGCAUCAAGGAGCCAGAACCCUCAAAGCCAGAAGGACCAGUGACACCGAAACCCCCGGUUGAGGAAAAGCCAACAAAGGCAGCUCCAGAAGAGAGUGGCGCUCCUCCUCAAGAACCAACUGCAUCGAAGGAGAAGUCACCCGCACCUCCAACCUCCAGCAACAAGGAGCCAGAACCAUCACCCCCAGAAGGGCCAGUGACACCAAAAUCCCCCGUUGAGGAAAAGCCAACAAAGCAAGCUCCUGAAGAGAGUGGCGCUCCUCCUCAAGAACCAACUGCAUCGAAGGAAAAGACACCCGCACCUCCAACCUCCAGUAGCAAGGAGCCAGAACCAUCACCCGCAACUCCAGGCCCAGAAGACUGUACUCCAGGCUGGUCUGACUGGUACGAUGAGCAAUAUCCUGAUGAAGAAAAUGGCGGAGAUGAGGAAUCUUACCAGAAGGUUAUAGCCUCAGGGAAAGUGGUUUGUCUGCCUGACUCACCAGUGCAAAACAUUGAAUGCAAAGCAGAGAGAUUCCCUAAUACCCCAUGGGAGGAAUUGGGCCAGACAAUAACUUGUGACAAGAAUAAAGGACUGAAAUGUGUAAAUGAGGAUCAAGGAGGACUGCCAUGUUACAACUACAAGGUCAGAUUCUGCUGCUCCAGAGCAGGUGGCCCCCCUGCACCACCCAUUACUCAGGCCCCAACCAAAGGGGCCCCUGAAAUUCCACCAACAGCAGCUGCUCCGGAAACAACGAAAAGGAAACCAAAGUCCCCACCAGUGCCUAAAGAGACGACUAUAGGUGAAGAAUGGAUUGUUCCAGCAACACAGCCACCAAUUGAGGCUACAAAACCAAAUGAAACACCCACCAAACAAGACGAGUGUGCUUUAGGCUGGUCUGAGUGGUAUGAUGAUCAAUACCCUGAUGAAGAAAAUGGCGGAGAUGAGGAAUCCUACCAAAAGGUUAUAGACUCGGGGAGAGAGGUCUGUCUGCCUGACUCAUCAGUGGAAAAAAUUGACUGCAAAGCAGAGAGAUUCCCUAAUACUCCAUGGGAGGAAUUGGGCCAGACGAUCACUUGUGACAAGAGCACAGGCUUAAAAUGCUCUAAUAACGAUCAGGACUUUCUGCCAUGUUACAACUACAAGGUCAGAUUCUGCUGCUCCAGAGCAGGUGGACCCCCUGCACCAAUUCCAUCUAAAGCAAGCCCAGAACCAACUGCAUCGAAGGACAAGACACCCGCACCUCCAACCUCUGGCAUCAAGGAGCCAGAACCGUCAAAGCCAGAAGGGUCAGUGACACCGAAACCCCCGGUUGAGGAAAAGCCAACAAAGGCAGCUCCAGAAGAGAGUGGCGCUCCUCCUCAAGAACCAACGGCAUCGAAAGAGAAGUCACCCGCACCUCCAACCUCCAGCAACAAGGAGCCAGAACCAUCACCCCCAGAAGGGCCAGUGACACCAAAACCCCCCAUUGAGGAAAAGCCAACAAAGCCAGCUCCUGAAGAGAGUGGCGCUCCUCCUCAAGAACCAACUGCACCGAAGGACAAGACACCCGCACCUCCAACCUCUGGCAUCAAGGAGCCAGAACCCUCAAAGCCAGAAGGGCCAGUGACACCGAAACCCCCGGUUGAGGAAAAGCCAACAAAGGCAGCUCCAGAAGAGAGUGGCGCUCCUCCUCAAGAACCAACUGCAUCGAAGGAGAAGUCACCCGCACCUCCAACCGCCAGCAACAAGGAGCCAGAACCAUCGCCCUCAGAAGGGCCAGUGACACCGAAACCUCCGGUUGAGGAAAAAUCAACAAAGCCAGCUCCUGAAGAGAGUGGCGCUCCUCCUCAAGAACCAACUGCACCGAAGGAGAAGUCACCCGCACCUUCAACCUCUGGCAUCAAGAAGCUAGAACCCUCACCCUCCGAAGGGCCAGAAGACUGUACUCCAGGCUGGUCUGACUGGUACGAUGAGCAAUAUCCUGAUGAAGAAAAUGGCGGAGAUGAGGAAUCUUACCAGAAGGUCAUAGCCUCAGGAAAAGUGGUUUGUCUGCCUGACUCACCAGUGCAAAACAUUGAAUGCAAAGCAGAGAGAUUCCCUAAUACCCCAUGGCAGGAAUUGGGCCAGACAAUCACUUGUGACAAGAAUAACGGACUGAAAUGUGUGAGUGAGGAUCAAGGAGGACUGCCAUGUUACAACUACAAGGUCAGAUUCUGCUGCUCCAGAGCAGGUGGCCUCCCUCCACCACCCAUUACUCAGGCUCCAACCAAAGGGGCCCCUGAGAAAGCAUCGACAGAAGCAGCUCCAGAAACAAAGAAAAGCACACCAGAGUCGCCACCAGUGCCCGAAGAGACCACUGCAGCUGAAGAAUUGAUUGUUCCAGCAACACAGCAACCAAUCGAGGCCUCAAAACCAACUAAAACACCCACCGAACAAGAAGAAGACUGCGCUCCAGGCUGGUCUGACUGGUACGAUGAGCAAUAUCCUGAUGAAGAAAAUGGCGGAGAUGAGGAAUCUUACCAGAAGGUCAUAGCCUCAGGGAAAGUGGUUUGUCUGCCUGACUCACCAGUGCAAAACAUUGAAUGCAAAGCAGAGAGAUUCCCUAAUACCUCAUGGCAGGAAUUGGGCCAGACAAUAACUUGUGACAAGAAUAAAGGACUGAAAUGUGUGAAUGAGGAUCAAGGAGGACUGCCAUGUUACAACUACAAGGUCAGAUUCUGCUGCUCCAGAGCAGGUGGCCUCCCGCCACCACCCAUUACUCAGACCCCAACCAAAGGGGCCCCUGAGAAAGCAUCGACAGAAGCUGCUCCAGAAACAAAGAAAAGCAAACCAGAGUCGCCACCAGUGCCCGAAGAGACCACUGCAGCUGACGGCCGCAGUGUUCCUGUGACACAAGCAACAGAACAGGCACCACGGCCAUCUGUAAAACCAACACCUAAAGUGACGUCCUCACAAGCAGUUGAAGAAAAGUCAACGGAACGGAGUGCUGUAGUGAAAAGCUCAGCAGCUCCGAAACAAAAGACUCCAGAUGUCUCCACAAAAGCACCACAAACCUCAACCAAAAAAGCAAUAUCUACAACGACGGAAGAUGACGAAGAGCAUUGCAGUACGGGCUGGUCCCAGUGGUUCGACGAGCACACUCCAACUGAGGCAAAUGGAGGCGAUGUGGAAACCUACCAAAUGGUCAUAGAGUCGGGCAAAGUGGUCUGCCCGGAUAACACCUUUGUAGAAAAAAUCGACUGCAGAGCGGAUAAGUUCCCACAUAAGAAUUGGAAAAAACUAUGGCAAACGAUCACCUGUGAUAAGGAGACCGGCUUGAGAUGUGCGAAUGAGAACCAGGGCAUAUUGACAUGCUUCAACUACAUGGUCAGGUUCUGCUGCUCUGAGGUGGUAAGUCCUCAUCCGAUCACAACUAAUGCUCCACCCAGGAAGGAAACUAAACAUCCACCCAAAACAGUCGGUCCUUGGACAACUCUGAAGAAUCCAGAGAAAUCAACAACUCCAAGACUGACCACCGCAGCUGAAGAAGAAGACUGUGCUACAGGCUGGUCUCAGUGGUACGAUGAGCAAUAUCCAGAUCUAGACAAUGGCGGAGAUGAGGAAUCUUACCAGAAGGUCACAGCCUCAGGGAAAGUGGUCUGUCUGGCUGACUCAUCAGUGGAAAAAAUUGACUGCAAAGCAGAGAGAUUCCCUAAUACCCCAUGGGAGGAAUUGGGCCAGACAAUAACUUGUGACAAGAAUGAAGGACUGAAAUGUGUAAAUGAGGAUCAAGGAGGACUGCCAUGUUACAACUACAAGGUCAGAUUCUGCUGCUCCAGAGCAGGUGGCCCCCCUGCACCACCCAUUACUCAGGCCCCAACCAAAGGGGCCCCUGAGAAACGACCAACAGCAGCUGCUCAUGAAACAACUAAACAUAUACCCAAAAAGACCACUACAGUUGAAGAAGUGAUUGUUCCAGAAACACACAAACAAAUUGAGGCUAAAAAACCAACUACGGUGGCCCCCAAGAAACGAUCAACAGCAGCUGCUCAUGAAACAACGAAAAAUAAACCCAAAAAGACCCCUGCAGUUGAAGAAGUGAUUGUUCCAGCAACACACAAACAAAUUGAGGCUAAAAAACCAACCACGGUUGCCUCCAAGAAACGAUCAACAGCAGCUGCAGUGAAACCGACCAAAUCGAAGACAACCACCACCACAGUGUCAACCACCAAGAAACCAGAGGAACUGGAAUCAUACAAGGUCCAGUUCACCAUUAUCAAUCGUGAAUUUCAUCAGGAUCUCUACAACCCUGAAAAGCCACUCUACAUUGAAUAUGCCAGAAACAUCACCACGGAGAUUACCAAGUUAUUCCAGAAAGAACAGCGGGCAAGAUAUUUAUACCGGGAAUACAAUGUCUCAAGCUUCUGGAUCGGCUCCAUUACUGUGGAGGGCAAAUGCUCUUUCCUAAAGAACGGUGGUGAGAACGUGCCCACGCUGAUGAAAGAGUUCACCGAAGGAACCAAUAACAUGACCUACCUGGGACCGUACCGGCUGCGGCCGGGCAGCCUCAAGGUGUACGUUGACAAGGAGGUGGUGUACUACACGAAUACGAAUACAAGUUCAAGUCCGAACAGAUCCCUGCCAUACUGGGUCUACUUCAUCAUCGCCCUCUGCUGCCUCAUUCUGUUGGCCCUGAUCAUCGCCUACAUCGUGCUGGCUCUCGUGAGAUACUUCAAGAACAGAGGCGACGCCUACAAAGUGCUGAAGAUCCCAUGGGGAAUGUACUACCCGCACUUGGACCUCCGCAAGUCUUUCUGAACAUCUCCGUGGUGAAGCAACUCACACAGCAAUGGAAACAGCAGCAGCAGCAGCAGCUGCAGAAAUGUCAGCCCACAUCGGCAAUGACAAACACAUUUGGCAAAACUCGCAUCGCACCUGUCACCAGCAAAUUACUCAAAUAACCAGAGCCGCUGCUACUGUAGCCACGAGAGUAAUGCCUGUCACAAUACACCAUCCUCAUCGUCAUCUUUGUAAACGUCAUCAGACCGCACAAUCUUCUCUGGACAGAUUUGCCAUCACCACCAGUAUCACCUAAAGCAACCAAACGUCCUGGUUUGGCAGGGAUGGUUUCAGAAAGGCUGUCCCGGUGUGCUGAAGCGCAUUUGUGAACAUUGGGAUCUUGUCAAUAUUUUAUAUUUUCAUGCCUUAUGCUUAACUCAUGUUAUGGGUGGAAUUGGCAGAGGAGUGGAUGGGGCCUAUCAGCAGGAGGUGUGGCUGACUGAGGGAGGGGCCACCAGUUCCCUACAUGUUCCGGAAGGUCAACCAGAAAUUUGGUAGCUAUAAUACCUCUCACCAGCAACAUCGUCACUACGAUUCUCAUCGUCGAUAAAACCAAGAGGCGCUGAUACCACCAGAACAGCAACUACCAUUAUCAACAAUCCUGUCAAGAUAUCCGUCAUCGCAAAUCGAUGCAACCGGAACAAACGAUACAACCACAACAGCGACCAUCACCACCACAAAACACAUUGAUGACGCAUUACGACUGGCAACAUUAACCACAAUCACGUCCUCCACCAACAGCAAAAGCAUCUGCACUUAUAAUAUACAGGGUGGUCCAUUUAUAGAUACUCCAAUAUUCGAUCACUUCUCAAAAGUGACCGAAUAUUGUGAAAGCGAUGGCUCCAUAUCCGGCAGAGGAUAUUGUUAAAAUGUCAUCAUUGUAUUGAGAUUGGUGGGAGAUAUGUAGAGGCUUUGAAAAAAUGUUGUUUUAUGUAUGAUUUCUCCAUAUUAUUUUAGUGGGUUAACUAUAAAUGGAUCGUCCUGCAGUAGAACAUGUAAUGUAACAUAGUGAUAAUAAAUAUUUGCUGCUAGAGACAUAGAAAUAUGCAUGGCACUUACAUAGGAGUGAUAACGACUUAAAUACAUUGCACAACUAAAAACACAUCUCAGCCCAUCGAUGCACGGGGCUUUUGGUCACCUGAGCUGAAAGUGUGACUCCCCUUCCCCCGCACCACCGCACUAUUAAGCAUAACCCCACCAUCCAUCACUCAGAUAUUGCUACAGUUCAUGGCGACAACUGCACCCGCCUCGGGUUCGCUUCGAUGAAGAUUCCAUUCGUGAGAAUUGCACUUAAUGUGGGAGGAAAUUGGAAAAUCCGAAAGAAAACAAACCACACAUACAUCCGAAGGGACUACACUCAGCACUUACAUAAUAAUACAAAAAAUGCCAAUUAUUUAUCCAGAACCUGGCACUGGACCAAUCAAGCCACUAACCGGGCCCGACUCCACUUAGCUUCAGAGAUGUGACAAGACUGGGCAUAUUCAGGGUUAUUUCUUCUUACAGCAGAUUACUGGUUCUCUUUAUAGGUUCAUAACAGACACCACACCUCUAUCUUUGAGCAAGGCCGCAGCAAGGAAAACUCUAGACUUCAUUAAUCUAUUCUACUACUCGAUAUGUAGCACAGAUAAAAUCAGCAAAGAUUCACCACCGUUGACCGGAUGAAGUGAUAAUUGUUAUAUAUUACAGUCCGUUUGUCAAUCCGGACAACUGCACCACUGCUCUGCCACCACGAUACAUAUGUUCAAUACAAAUAUAAUACAUACAAUUUAUCUCUCCAUUGUGGAUCAGAUGUGGACAUUAUAAUCCAUUAGCACAUAUUUGCACAUUAGCAUAUAGAAGCAAACACAUACAUCUACACUUGCAAGACUUGUACAGAUUCCAUACCCCCUCGAUAUUCCACGUUUCCCAAUUCAGGGACAGCGAUUGCGAGUUAAUAGUCGGUUUUGUUCUGUUAACACAACGGGUACUAGUGGCUCUACAAUGGGCAUGUCGCAAGCAGGAAUAGCAACAUAUAACAGUUCGGUAUUAAGUUGUGUAAGCCAGUCAAGAGCUUUCAGAAAUUUCAGAAACUUUUCAUAGAAUAGUAACAGCGAAUGGUCCACUGGAUGUCCCAUCACUUUAAAGUUGUUCAUCACACACCCACACGGUGAAGUGUCUUUGAUGCUCCAUUCAUGCAUAAAGUAUCCACACAUUCAUGUGAUGGUCUCAUGCCGUUCAUGAUGUUCAUCCGCUGUCGCCAAAGAAUUGUGAAGCCAGUAAGCCCAACUGUUGGCUCAGCUGUGUAGGCUUUUGUUUUUCAACCAAGCGGUCACUUCGCCGCAUCUCUCCUGCUCUCUACAAUGUACUGCUAUAGUCUCCAAUGUGCCGUGUUCUUCCUUAAAUGAACUGUUAUGUCCUGCCUAAGCCCAGAUCAUCACAAUGUCUGCUUAAUCGUCAAUAUGAAUCUGCUGUAUCCAUUCUCCGGGCAUAGUGUUAAGCAACGAUGGGGGGACGAUUGGGGUUCUGUACAACUUCUGCACUGCAAAUGUCCUAUGCAAAUAAAAACAAUAAAUCCCAAAUUUUCCUC